UUAGGUGGAAGGGGUCAGCAGGGGGGGAGGGGCGGCUUUCGAACCUAAACGCCUACUGUGCAAUUAGAGCACGGUAGACAGAGAGAGGAUGACAGAUAGAGAGAGAUUGGAAUAGCAAUAACAGGAAAUUCAGCCAGUGUUUUCCGAGUUGAUGUCCGCUAAAGCCGAUCGGUCGGAACGAGGACAGGAGUAGGCUAAUGCUUAAAAGAAAUAACAAAAUAUAUUUGAAAAAGUCACCGAAAGAAGUCAAUGCACGUUGAGAAUUAGGACAAAACACUGAGAAGAGGUGUAAACCGGUUGGCCAAUGGAUUCCCCUUCUGACCAUUUUGGCCAUCCGCCCUCCCAAAUCUGCCCCUAUCGCCUGUACAGCAGCCCCCCUGGGGCUACCCCCUCUGCCCCAAGCUACCCCAGCAGCAGCCCCCCUUCUUACCCCCUAAUCUCACGCCUCAUGCACUCCAGUGGCCCUCAGAACUGCGGCACGCACGCUCACCGCCCCGACGUGGACAGCAGCUUCGCGGAGUCCAGCUCUGACAGAGAGGAGGAAGAGGGGGAAGGGCAAGAGGGAGGCGGGGGCGGGGCCAGUGCAGGUGUCCCUCCCCUGUCACACCUCUUUGUGGGGCGGAAGAGGCAGCACGGGUCCGAGAUAGGAGACUGGUGCCAGGAGCUCAUGAGAAUGAAGAGGCUGAGGGUGGAGAGCGCCAUGAGUGGGGCAGGAGAGAGGGGCGAGCGAGAGGGGGAGCACGGGAGGGGGGACAGGAGGGCUGGCGCACAGGGCCGGAGGGGGAGCAGGGAAGGGAGGCAGCGAGCCCGGCAGGAGCUGAAGGUGAAGCUCCUGGAGACCAGGGGGAAGCUGCUGGAGCUGCAGGAGAAGGUGCGGCGGGCGUAUGGGGAGCGAUGGGGGGAGGCGGAGCAGCCGAGGGGAGCUGGAGGAAGAGGAGGGAGCAGAGGAGGAGGAGAGGGCGGAGGGACAGAUAGGGAUGAAGGAGCAGAGGUUUUCACGGAGGACGAGGAGGGGAACGGCCCUGACGGGGGCUGCUCGCGGAAGUCUCUCCCACACCAAACCCUUGACGGCCGUUACCAUAGAAAUAAAAAUAACCUCGGCAACAGGGUCAUUGAAGAGAGGGAGCCUGAUGGAGGAAGAGUUUGGCUGGGCUGCGGUUUAGUUAGGGGGGAAUGGGAGGUGGGAGGUGGCAUCGAGGGGCAGAAAUUUGUUCAGGCCCUUAAGCAAGAGCUGGGCAGUGCCGUAGCGAGAGUCAUCGAUCGCGUUGUUCACCUCUAUGGCCAAAGGAGGCCUCCCUCCGUGGCCAGCCCUACCCCCGUGGAAGGGGCAGGACAGAAAGCGGGGGGGAGACCAAGGCCAAGUGCGGCGGUGCCCUCUCUGGAGCCGCAGGAAGUUGUGCCCUUGGUGGCGAAGACCCCACAGAGCAAGAAACCACCGCAGAACCAGAGCACCCAGCAAACUCCCCAGCUCCCCCAAAUGAACCACGGCUUACCCCACCUGCCGCACUCACACCUUCCUGCCCUGCUGUCCACCCGUGCCAAAGACCCCUUCCUCCCCUCGUAUCCCCCUGGCCCCCCUCCCUUAAACCUCCCUCUCCUCCACUACACCAUGCAGCAUCUCUUUGCACGCUCCCUGUCUAACAUGCCCCUUCCUAAAGAUUGCCUUUCUCCCGAUGCCUUUCUGGAUUUUCGGCCCCACACACCUUCUUUCCCCUCGCUCCCUCUGCUGGGGCCCUUGGACCCCCCUCUCUCCUCAUCCGAGAGAGGGCGGGACGGGGGCAUGAGGGGCGUUCCCGGAGGUUCGUUGGGUGGAUAUGCGGAUGGAGGGGACUCCUCCCUCUACCUCCCUCCAGGAUCGUCUCAGGAGGGUCUGUCUCCCUGCCACUUAAAAAAAGCCAAGCUUAUGUUCUUCUACACACGCUAUCCCAGCUCCAACACCCUCAAAACCUACUUCCCGGAUGUCAAGUUCAACCGCUGCAUCACCUCUCAGCUCAUCAAGUGGUUCAGCAACUUCAGAGAGUUCUUCUACAUCCAGAUGGAGCGCUUCGCGCGCCAGGCGGUCAGGGAGGGGGUCAUGGGCGGAGGCGAGGCGGCGCUGCGGCUACGCCGAGAUUCUGAGCUCUACCGCAUCCUCAACCUGCACUACAACAAGAGCAACGACUACCACGUCCCAGACAGGUUUGUGGAGAUAUCUGACCUGGCCCUGAGGGAGUUCUUCACUGCCAUCCAAGCAGGGCGUGACACUGACCCCUGCUGGAAGAAGUCCAUAUACAAGAUUAUCUGCAAGCUGGACAGCCCUGUGCCAGACUGCUUCCGUCUGCCAGGCUGCCCCACUGACACACAAAGCACAGGAUGAUGGCCUGAGCCUACAUACACACACACACACACGCACACACACACACAAAGCACAGGAUGAUAGCCUGAGCCUACAUACACACACACACACACGCACACACACACACACACACACAAAGCACAGGAUGAUAGCCUGAGCCUACAUACACACACUUGCGCAUGCACACACACACACACACACGCACACACAUAGACAAAGCACAGGAUGAUAGCCUGAGCCUACGUACACACGCACACACACACACAAAGUACAGGAUGAUAGCUUGAACCUUUAUACACACACGUGUGUUCCCACGCCCACACACACACACAUACACACACAAACACAAAGCACAGGAUGAUAGCCUAAACCUCUGCAUAGACACACACAUGCGCACACGCACCCUCACACACUCUCUCACGCACAAACACACAAAGCACAGGAUGAUAGGCUAAAACUCCACACAAACACACACAUAUGCACACGCACGCGCGCGCACACACACACACACACACAUGCAUGCACACGGCUACUCAGCACAGCCUAAAACAAAGAGCAGACAGCUGGCAGUCCUACUACACAUUUCAGCAGCUGCACUGCAUAUAUGACGUCAUAUUCAAUGCAACAUGGUAUAACAUCAGGCAUUCAAGUGAACACAGACUCAUACACAGGUCACAGAAGCAUGAACAUGUUUCGCUUGCAUUAAAAACCCAGAUUUUAUAUAAUGCAUUAUCAAAAGUAACAGUUUAUUUUUUCCAUUUAAAAUCUUAACUCAAAAUACUAAAGACCAUCGCAUUUUGCACAGAAAUUAAGAUGCAAAAAUUUGAACUGGCUUAAGGACAAUCUUUUGACCUCACCCUUCCACGUAUCCUGUUCAAUUCAGCUUGGUUAAGAUGAAAAUUAAGUACAGUAAGUGAGCAACGUACUGUUACCUGACAUGCAUAACGUGACCCGACACUUGAUUUUUGAGCACUGUGUUUGUUUUUUUCCAUUAACUACCAAUUCUCUCAGUGUUAGCGCACAGGGCACGACUCACCAAUCACUUCGUCUCAUUUUUGGGAUGUUUCGGGAUGGAAUCCCAGAUGUGGCGCUGAAAGAUAUCCGCAAGCACAUGCAUGGGAUAUGUAGUUUAAUAUCAAUCAGGCUCCAUCUCAAGGGUCAAGCCUUCAAAUAAGUUUAUAAUAUAUAACAAUGUUUUGUUAAUUUUCAGAUUAAUAUAAUGCUAUGAAAACAGCUGGAACUCCAUACACAUAAUUGUCAAACAAUAAAUGUACAAGCUUUUAUGUACUGUACAGUACAGUGCAGCUUCCAUGUAGCUUGUGUUAUAAGACAUGUUUUUGUUGCUAGUAUUUGGCUGUUCUGCAUUUCCAUGCUUCGCUAAUAGACAUGCCCGUGACAGAAUGACUAUCGUUUCUAUAGUAUUACGCUACAUAUAAUCCCUUGGUAUUUUUCACAUGAAUGUGCUUUUUAUGCUUUUUUCCCCCCAAGUAUCAUUGACACAAAAAACUAAAUUGAGAACAAGUGAUAACCACUGACUUUUUGCCAUUUCUUGAGAACAAAAAAAUAUAUAUAUAAAUGUUAUGCCACAUGUGUCAAGAUAUAUUUCUCUAUUAAAAAUGUUGUGCCUGUUAAAUUUUUUCUGUGAAUUUUGAUGUAACUUAAAACUGUUUUAUCAAAAUACAGUUUGAGAUGCAGUCUUCUCACGA